CUCGUGCCACUUUUUAAUUUUAUUUUUGGCCCGGAGCCCCCAGCGUGGCAGUGACAGCGACAGCAGCAGCAGCUGGUGACAUCAUGGCGCGUCACUUGCACGGCUAAAAAUACGGUACGAGCCAAAACGCAGCGGCCGCGGCAGCGGGCAGAGCGCAUCCCUCCCGAGUCGGCGGAUUCAGCUCCCCGUCGACAACAAGACGAGCUGCAGUCCAGCCCGCAGAUCCGUCAGUCACACACGCGCACACACACAUCGGAAGCCGCCACCACCACCGCCACCAUUCGAACGAGACGUCGCUGCGUUCGCACCGAGCCCCUCGCGAAAUUCACGACGAGGAUGGAGGAGACGCGAGCUCGGCGCUGUUGCCCACGCGCGGCCCCCCAUCUCCGUCUGCUGCUGCUGCCGGUGCUGCUGCUUCUGCUCGUCGUUGCCCCGCACAGCGGCAGGGCUGCCCUGGACCCGGCAUCCCGCGGUGACGGCGGCGCCGCGGGCUCCUCGGGCGGCCCUGGCAGCUGCUACGACGCGCGGGGCCGCGCUCAGCUGUGCCGGCCCGAGUUCGUGAACGCGGCGUUCGGCGCCACCGUGGAGGCGUCCGACACGUGCGGCAUUCCCGUCGAGGAGGAGUACUGCGCGCAGACGGGGGCCGUCGCCUCCUCCUCCUCCGCCUCCUCCAGCGCCAGCGCCACCGCCUGCCACCGCUGCUCGGCCGCCGAUCCGGCGAUGAGCCACGGGGCUGAGCUGCUCACUGACGCGGACGGAGACGGCUCCUGGUGGCAGAGCCGCAGCAUGGAGCACGGCGUGCAGCACCCGGCGUCCGUGAACCUUACGCUGCGCCUCGGCAAGGCGUUCCAGAUCACCUACGUGCGCCUGCGUUUCCACACCAGCCGGCCCGAGAGCUUCGCCAUCUACAAGCGCACGUCUCCCGCCUCGCCCUGGCAGCCAUACCAGUUCUACAGCGGCACGUGCGAGCGAACCUUCGGCCUGCCGUCCCGGGGCUUCCUGCGCGCCGGCGACGACGAGAGGGCCGCGCUGUGUUCCGACGAGUUCAGCGACAUCUCGCCGCUCACCGGCGGAAACGUGGCCUUCUCCACGCUCGAGGGCCGACCCGGGGCCCUCGCCUUUGACGGCAACGAGAAGCUGCAGGAAUGGGUGACGGCGACCGACGUGCGCGUGUCCCUGCGUCGCCUCAACACCUUCGGCGACGAGGUGUUCGGGGACCCCAAGGUGCUGCGCUCCUACUACUACGCAGUGUCCGACCUGGCCGUGGGCGGCAGGUGCAAGUGCCACGGGCACGCGAGCGAGUGCGGCCGCGGGUCGGACGGGCGCCUCGUGUGCCGCUGCCAGCACAACACGACCGGCCACGACUGCGAGAGAUGCCUCCCAUCGCACAACUCCCGACCCUGGGCGCAGGGCUCGUCCGACGACGCACACGAGUGCCUCCCAUGCGCCUGCAACGGCCACUCGAACGUGUGCCACUACGACCGCUCCCUCUACCAGACGACGGGCAACGGCGGCCACUGCACGGGCUGCCGCGACAACACCGCGGGGCCUUUCUGUGAUCGCUGCCGCGACAACUUCUACCGCCAGCACGGCUCGGGCCCCUGCCUGCCCUGCAACUGCGACCCCGUGGGCUCUCUGAGCGGGCAGUGCAGCACCACCGGGCAGUGCGCAUGCAAGGCUGGGGUCGGGGGUCAGAGGUGCGAUCGCUGCCAGCCCGGGCACCACUCACUCUCCCACAACGGAUGCAGGCCUUGCGCGUGUGACCCCGCUGGGAGCACCCACGAUUGCCAGGACGGGGGGCAGUGCGUCUGUAAGCCCAACGUUGAAGGGGACAACUGCAACCGGUGCCGCCCGGGACACUUCCACCUGGACGCGCGCAACCCGAGCGGCUGCUCCGCGUGCUUCUGCUUCGGCCACGCGGCGUCGUGCAGCGGCGCCCAGGGCUACGCGGCGCACACCGUCGCCUCCUCCUUCCACGCAGGGCGGGACGGCUGGAAGGCUCAGCGCAGCGACGGCGCCGAGGUUCCCGUCCAGUGGUCGGGAUCGUCCCAAGAGGUGACUGUCACCUCCGCCGACCCUCUGCCCAUCUACUUCGUCGCCCCCAACGCGUUCCUGGGGAACCAGCUGCUGAGCUACGGGCAGAACCUCUCCUUCGCGUUCAGCAUGGACCGUCGCGACGUGCGCCUCUCCGCCGAGGACGUGGUGCUCGAAGGCUCCGGCCUGCGCGUCUCCGUGCCGCUCAUCGCGCAGAACAACCGCUACCCCACCGACGGGCAGCAGACCUACACCUACGUGCUGCACGAGAACCCUGCGUAUCCGUGGACGCCGCAGAUCCCCGCGAACGAGUUCAGGAAGCUCCUCUCCAACCUCACGGCCAUCAAGCUCCGCGGCACCUACAGCGACAAGAGCACGGGCCGGCUGGGCGAGGUGCGUCUGGUGACGGCGCGGCCGGGCUACGGCGCCGCGGCGGCGGGCUGGGUGGAGCAGUGCUCGUGCCCGCCGGGCUACCGCGGCCUGAGCUGCGAGGCGUGCGCCCCGGGCCACCGGCGCGACCCCCCCGGUGGGGGGCCCCUUGCCACCUGCGUCCCCUGCAGCUGCCACGGCCACAGCGGCUCGUGCCACCCUGAGACCGGUGCGUGCGAGUGCCAGCACAACACAGCGGGGCGUCGCUGCGAGCAGUGCGCCGCCGGUUUCUACGGCGACGCGACGCGCGGCCGCGCCGACGACUGCCGCGCGUGCCCCUGCCCCCAGGGCUCCACGUGCGCCCUCGUGUCCGGCGAGGUCACGUGCACGCGCUGCCCCCAGGGGCUCACGGGCAAGCGCUGCGAGCUGUGCAGCGAUGGCUACUUCGGCGACACCGUGGGGGCGGAGGGCGCCGCGGUGAGGCCGUGCCGCCAGUGCGAGUGCAACGGCAACGUGGACCCCAACGCGGUGGGCAACUGCGACCGGCGCACGGGCGAGUGCCUCAAGUGCACGCGCAACACGGCCGGCUUCUUCUGCGACCGUUGCCGCGACGGCCACUACGGCAACGCACUGGCGCCGGGCGACGGGGACAAGUGCCGACCGUGCGCGUGCUCCCGGUGGGGCACGCUGGGCAACCCCGGCGGCUGCAACGUGGUGACAGGCCAGUGCGAGUGUCGACCACACGUGACCGGCCGCGACUGCGGCCAGUGCCUGCCCGGCUACUACGUGUCCCCCGACGGCAACGGCUGCGAGAGGUGUAACUGCGACCCCGUGGGCUCGUCGACGGGCGGCUGUGACCCGGUCACGGGACAGUGCGACUGCCACCCCGGCACCUCCGGCCGCUGCUGUGAUCGGUGCGAGGGCAGCCAUUUUGGAUUCUCUCUCGAAGGCUGCAAGCCGUGUGACUGCGACACGUCGGGCUCCAAGUCGAUGCAGUGCGACCAGGCGGACGGGAGCUGCCCGUGCCGCGAGGGCGUGACGGGCGCACGCUGCGACCAGUGCCGCGAGAACUACCACUACAACCGCACCAACCCGGGCUGCCAGGAGUGCCCGCCGUGCUACCGGCUCGUGCGCGACAAGGCUCAGGAUCUGCGCGAGCGCCUGCGUGAGCUGGAGCAAGCCUUCGAGCGCAUCGCCUCCGACCCGGGCACCGGCACGGACCGCCACUUCGAGAUGAAGCUGCAGCAGGCGGCCAGCGCCGUCGAACAGCUGCUGAGAGACGCACAGCACACGCAGAUGUCGGACCAGGGCCUGCAGUCCCAGCUGGAUGAGCUGGAGCGCACGUUGGCGUCGCAGAAGGGCCGCCUGCAGAAGAUGGGCGACACGGUGGGCGAGACGGACGGGGUGGCAGCGCGGGCCGGGCGGCGCGCCGGAGACACGCAGCGCAUGCUGGAGCGAGCGCAGCACGAGCUGGAGCGGGCCAAGGCCGCCAUCGCCUCCGUCAACAUCGAUGGGAAAAACGUGACCGGGCCCAACAACUUCACAGUUCUGGCAGAAGAAGCGAGGCGUCUGGCGGACAGCCACAAGCAGGCGGCGGACGACAUCGAACGGACCGCAAACCUGGCCAACGACACGUCCACGGCAGCCUACAACCUGCUGCGCAAGACGCUGGCCGAGGAGAACGACAUGGGCGGCCAGAUCAGCGAGCUCACGCGCAGGGUCGGCGCGGCUAAGACGCAGGGCAUGCAGCUCGAGGCGCUGGCAGACGCCGUGCACAAGGAGGCCAAGGCGGCCGGCGACAAGGCCCUGCAGAUCUACGCCAACGCCUCCACGUCUGUGCCCAACGUGGACAUCGACGCUCUCCAGCGGGACAGGAAUAGGCUGCAGAGGAGAAUCGAGGAUUAUCUGACAAGGCUAGAUUCCUCGACGAGAAAGUUUGAGUCGGCCUCUGCGGCGUCGCAGCCGACACAGACGGAGGCUCAGAGGCUCUUGCGGCAGGGGAACGCUGCCAAGGAGGUUCUGGAUCAGCUGUUGGCGCGCGCAAACGCCGCGUUCAACUCGGCCAAGGAGGCCGAAGGGAAAGGGAAAGCCACUCUCAAGGAGGCCACCGACACCCUCAACAUCCUGAGAGACUUUGACAAGCGCGUGAGCGACAACAAGACGGCGGCGGAGGAGGCGCUGCGCCGCGUGCCGGCCGUGCAGGCGCAGAUCGAGAGCGCCAACGCAAAGACGCGGCAGGCCGAGGAGGCGCUGGGCAACGCCGCCAACGACGCCCGCGACGCGCGCGCGAUGGCGCAGGACGCCGAGGAGAUCGCGCGGCGCGCCCAGGAGCGGGCGGGCGGCCUGAAGACGGAGGUGGAGAAUGCAUAUGGGGAUGCGGCGGGCCUGGCCGAGGGCGCCGCCGGGCUCCUCGCCGGCCUGGCUGGCGCCGAGGCUGAGCUGGCGCGCAAGCAGCAGGACGCCGCGCGGGACAUGGACCUCGCCAACAUGGCGGCUGAGGCGGCACAGGAGGCCGAGGACAAGGCGAGGAGAGCCAAGAGCUCCGUCAGCGGAGCCCUGGAGCAGAUCGAGCAGCUCCUGCGUGACUUGGGUUCCCUGGAGGACGUAGACCUGGGGCGGCUGCAGGAUCUGGAGCGCAAGUACGCGGAGGCGGAACGGGCGCUGGCGGGCGGCGGGGAGCUAGAGCCGCGGCUGAAGCGCCUGGAGGACGCGGUGGCGUCGCAGUCGGCGGCGCUGCAGGGCUACGACGCGAGCGUGGAGCAGGCGCUCGCCGACAUCCGCAACCUGGAGGAGAUCCGCGACGCCCUGCCGCAGGGAUGCUUCAACGCGGGCGAGAUCGAGAGGCCCUAAGCCUUGCCCCCCACCCCCUGCCCUAAUCCUCCCAUCCCCCCCUCCCCCCCCGCUUGAAGCGGAGGCGUCGAAGAAAAUGUCAUGACGAGAGGCGACUAAUUUAAAUUAACGACGGACAAAAUCACGGAGAAGACAGACAGAGAGAGAGAGAGAAAAAAUAUAUAUGUGGGUGCUUCCGGAUCGCGUGAACUGUGUCGAGCCCGCGGCGAGCGCCGCAGUGCGACCUGGGACAUCACGUUGACCGCCACCUUCAAUGAAAAAACACAGCGAAAUACGGGGGGGGGGAAAUUAUGGAUGAGUGAAAAAUAUAUUGUCGGGGACGAAGCCGAAUAAAUGUAACUAUAUUUUUUAAUUAGCGGGGAUCCAAUUGUCGCGUGCUCUUUUGACAUAGUAUUAAAACGCGAUUGCAUCCGGACGCAGAGUUUGUAUGUUUUAUUGUGCAAGCGAUGCAGCCGGGAAUUACCACGGGGGGGGGGGGGGGAGGCUCGCGUCUCGAUGGAGGUCGCGCGGGGUCAGGAAGACAGAUUUCGCACUUUCGUUUAAAAACGCCGGCUACGAAGGUUGACGUCGCGAUGGAGCGAGGGCGGUCGCUGGUGUUUAAAUAAAAGCGCACCAUCGCAAACCCUGCCCCCCCCUCCACGGUAAUAUUGUGGGGGGGGGGGAGGGAUGGCUUCGUGCGACAAGAGGAAUCGCGGAUAAGUGGAGUAGACCUCGCGACGAGGAAGUCUUUCUCUCAUCCUCCGUCCACGGAUAUCGGGGAGAGAUCGCGGAUGUCAUGGCCUCUGCCUUCACGAGGGUUUUUUAGCUAAGAGGGAUGGCAGAUAAGGCGACUUCUACGGCAAUUUCAAGGGAGGUUGUUUUGUCACCUCUGUCGGUUAUUCGAUCGCGCGAGCGCUUGAGGUCGCGCCCUCCGACGUCUUUUCGGUUAGUGCCGCCACGUUUCGUUCGCUCGCGACGUCCGACGUUUCGCUCCGCGCGCUGGCAGUUGACGUCGCGCGGAGACGACGCGUGAUAUACGAUGCGGCUGACGCAGUCGGAGCACCCGUGCGCCAGGCGUUGCUGCUGUCGCGGCAGUAUUACGUGCGAGAUUGAGAUCGACUCGCACACCGCACGCCCAAGCGAAACGUAUUUACUCCCCACGGCGCUAUGCGGCCCGAACCCAUAACCCCCAACAGAUCGCGGAUGCCAACUGCAGUCUGCUUAUUGGCUAUGGCCCAACCGUAAUAGAUGUAUUAUCACUCGUCUUCUUGCAAGGCGCGUGGAACAGAUCCGGAGGUCGUGGGGGCAGGUAGCCAUGGGCACCUUAUGUCGAGUAAUCGAGGACUCGUGAAGGUUGUACCGUGAGGGGGGCAACAGAAUCAGACUCCGCUUGUUCAAAAGUGGGUGGGGGGCAGAUACCCUCCCUGCACCCAUGUUCCCACAACCCACGUUACUUUGUGGAUUUUCAAGGCGGGAGACAGCUUGGCAGCUGCGGUAUUUUCGCCCCCGGUGAUCUUGUGUGCUGAUGUUUCGCCAGGAUGAUAUCGCCUGUGUUGUGCCAGUUGCUGGUCCCUAGAACGGCGAGUCUGAUUCGUUCAGGAGGCACCACAAGAUUGAAAGUGCUCCCUGGGCUAUUGGGUGUCAAUUUUCGCCCUCGAGUUUACUGUUAAAUGGCACACGUGCUAUUUAAAUCCACGAGGUGCUUGAUAAAAAAAAAAACUAUAUUAAAUCACCAUUUGAAUAUUAACCAAUACAGUGGCUUGUUUCUAAUUAGCGCUAAACACGUAUUGCCACCUUGUUUCCGAACAAUAAUAACAUUAACUAUGAAAAAUCUAUUAAAUUAUGAAUGCAAUAAUUAUACACGACAACGGAAACAUUUGAGCAUUCAUUUCUUAUCAUUUUUAUCAAAUGUGCCCUUGGAAAUCUGUUAGUGCUUUUCGUCAAGAUGCGACACGCAGCCCGUGUCAUCGCUGGACCACAUGCCGUUCGCCUGCUGGCCAGUUCACACCGGCAUGUCACGGUAUUGCGACUGCCCACAACGUGGUAUCUAUUUUACUGACCGCGGGAGGGGGAUGAUGGGCUGCACUUCUCAGAUGGGAUUCGAUCUCAUGGCUCACAUUAAGGUCGGGGCACUGCGCAAAAAAUAAAAAGUGUGAUAGUCGCAAAGCAGGUCGGCGACUUUAUCUACCAAGUUGCAAUUUGUGUUGUGCCCAGUUUAAUUUUCUGCUAAAAACAACAAUUCGUGUGAUUGUUUUUUUAAUUAUAAAUAUGCGUACACUAUACACUACGGUGGGUAAAAAAAGGGGCUUUGAUGACGGGAUGUAGAGCAGAGGUCGCAACCGGGUACCCGAUACCCGUACCCUACCCGAUACCCGGCUACCCGUACCCGGCCGGGUACGGGUACGGGUACCCGUUUGCGAUACUGGUGCGGCCGGGUACGGGUAAGGAAUCAAAACCCGUUUGCGACAUCUGAUGUAGAGAGCCCGAUUUGCCCCGCAAGCUCGUGCAACUUUCACUUUGCGUUUCUGUGUCGCCGUCCACAGGCAGAGUUGGCAGAGGCGUCGUGCUGCAGUUGCUUCAAUUGCUGCUGUUGAUUCAGUUGCGUCUGUUACUUCUGUUAAUUAAGUUGCCUCAUUCAACUUAAGCACAAAAUUUAGACCAACGGUUUGUUACAGCGCGCCCGGAUUUAAGAAAGGCCAAGUUUUGUUUAGUAUCCAUAAUAGAGGGUUUUUUUGGGGGGGGGGGUUAGAUCACGUAAAUAUAUGUGUGUCGUUAAACACGCCACCACCCGACACGGCCAAUUAGUAAGAGGGUUCGUCACCUAAACAAAACGUGUGCCAAUUCGUUACUAGCACACCACACCGCUAAAAUUUCGAUUUAAAGCUUUCGUGAUUGCAGGGAUUCAUCUUCUUGGUUCUUUCGGUAAAGUCACGUAGAAGGGAAAUAAUAAAAGAAUAAAAAUAAAACCCACGACAACAUUUACAUCGCGAAGGCCUACGUGUUGAGCUCGCUCCCUCAUAGACUGUCUAAAAUACAACACACGAAAACGAUACUUUUUAUAACGAUGUAAAACACUCUCAUUGGUGACUACAGCAGAUUGCCAUAUUCUACAUCACCCUCUGAUCGAUUCAUCCAGUCCUGGAUCUCUUUAUUUUUCCUCUUAUUUGAUCGUCUCUGAAGAUUCUAAUUCGAUUCAUAUGGUGCCAUUUGAAAUACGGUCUCUGUGGCGGCAACGUUGUUGUCAUGGUGAAGGGCUGUUCGUGCUCCUUAUCUUUUGUAUUUUUCCCGUGAACAUUUCCGUAGCAUAUGCCUCUAACAUAAUGCUGGGAAGAUGUCCCUGCAUGCUUAUAUUUCCAGCGCUUAACCUCGUUAUUUAUAAGUGAAAGCAGCCUCGAUCCAAAAUUAAAGCGGGUGACGGUGUAAAGGUGCGAUGCUACGAAUACAAUGUAUACGAGUAUGUGCGAGGGAUGUGUUCCCAAUUUUUUGGGGAUUAAUCUGACUUGUCCAAAAAUCGAACAUCGCUCCGAAAUAUUGAUCAGAAUGUGUGACGUCACAUGAAGCGAUUUCACUUCCACGCUUUUCCGCACCAAAACCGUCCGUAUUGUGACAUCAUUUUGCCGACAUCUAAAACUCAUCCCUCGUACGCACAGGUCACGUUGGCCGAUCAGAGUGGACCAUCAUCAUAUCGCCACAUUCUGUAAUUUAAGACCUAAUCACCUAUGCCAUUGUGGCAUGGCUCUUCUGCACCGAGUUAUACGUCCUUUUGCAGGGGACGUAUUCUCUUUUGCACUCUGAUUGACUUAAGAGGCAACGGUCUUUAAAAUCAACAACCCCUUUCCCCAAAGAAAUUGACCACUUGUCCAUCUCUUUUGCGCUAAAGUGGUACAGUCCCAUCUAUAAAACCACGGCACACCGCCAGGGCCACCCACAGGUUCCUGGGGGCCUGGAAAGACACCAGGCCCUGGGGCUUAAUGUGCCACGCGGGGUCACCUUACAUCGGUGGUUCUCAACCGGGGGUACACGUGGCAAUGUCCCAGGGGGUACGUGAGGUCAUUUACAAAUGUGUGAAAUUAUAUCACACGUGAGAGUCAUUGGCGAAUAAUGAUCAUGUCGUACGAAUCUUGCCAGCGUAAAAUAACUACGAUACAAUUUAAUUCCACGUGGUAACCUACAACGAUGUAAAAGACCUUUUCUCAACUCAUUGAUCUCAAACAAAAGUGGUUUGCAAGAGUAAGUAGCGAGCGCGAACAAAGUAUGUCACACAUGAAGAGCGUCCGGUGACUUUGUCGUUAUUCGCUUGAAGUCACUUAGCUCGUUAGGGUAACCUCGCGCAAUGUACAAUUGGUUAAAAAAUUGACGUGUCAUUGUUCGUGCAACACGUCUUUUGCUGUGAUGUUUACAUCGCAAACUGCAGCCGUUCCAUCUGUUUGCAAGGCUGUGGCCAUAUUCUUGCUUUGUUCCUCGGCAAGUGUCUGCUCGUCUCUGCACACUCAGGACAACGAGAAACGAUCAGAGCUCACUGCCCCUCGAAUGUGCAUGUGAGCAAGGGAAGCACCAUCUUUGAUCACGUGAUACGUUCGCCCUCGAGUAGAAAAUUACACCCCAUUCAGCCCACAAUCUUUACCAAAAAGCACCGGCGAGAGGUUAAAGUGUCCCCUUACUUUUUGGGACCUUCGCCCGUCGGCGUUGUGCAGGUCAUAUGUUGCUCGAGGAAUCUAUCUUCGCUGUGUAAGCUUUACGUUGCUAAAGGAUGUGUCAUUGUUAAGGAUGCCAUCAGUGGCCCAAAGAUCUAUCGACAUUGAGGAGGCUGAGUCGCCCACCUUCUGCGACCGCCAGUGAAUUGAUCAAUCAUCGCCGUUUUCCAACUCACAUUUUUGGUGGUCCGAUCGUGGCGCUGAUUUUAUAUUGGUCGACGGAGAGUGCUCCGCACUCCGAUUGACCCUUUCUAAGAUACAAGUUGCGUUUUAAAGCUGGUCUUUUAAUGAAAUGUAUGUUUGUUGAGAUAUCACUUGUAUAGUUUUUAGUUCACGCUUGCGAUGCGGCUCACAACAAUUUAGGUUCGCAUUCACCUUCACGUGCAUGGAAUCAACUUUCAUUAUACCUGAAACGAUCUUCUUUUGGCAACUCGCACACCACUCGCUGUUUCUUUCACGCAUCGGCCGGAGUGAUGUCAAGCAAACCGAGUGGCGUCUCAUAGAUGUGGGGUGGCCAAACCGUGGGUUCCCUAGUCACGUGCGGCUCUCGCCAGGUCCGUUUGUGGCUUGGUAAGAGACGCGGCUAACCACGUCUGACUCUUGAACGUAACGUUACUUUAAGCAGAAAAACUAAACAUCUGCAGAGGCAGAGCUGACAUGGGGCACUUGCCCCACGGCCAGUUGACACAAAUGAACCGGCCGCGGUGGCGAGAUGUUAAUUCCCUCGCCUGGUAUGCAGGGGGUCUUGGGUUUGAUCCCGACCCUGACGCCUGCUGUGUAUUUGGAGUUGGCGGUGUUCUCCCCGUGGUCGCGUGGUUUCUUCCAUUUAGAAUCAUGCGUUUGGAGUAUUUGGCUGAUAUAAAUUUCCAUGUGAUGAGCCACUUCGUUGAGCUAUCAUUUGUGGCCAGGUCGCUUCUGAAAAAGCUAUAUUGCUCAGUGGGCCUUACCUAGUAAAAUAAAAAAAAACAUUUGUUUAGUUUCAUGCCAUCUGCUACUGUGGCUCAUGGCUAUGUGAAGGUAUUGAUCGUAGGGUCAAGAGGUUUGGCCAUCCCUGUUAUAGAUGAUGCCUCUUAAUAACAAUAGCAAGCUGACAGGUUGCAUACAUUUCCACCAUACUUACUCCCCCAUGCGCAUUGUCCAGUUGAAGUGCAAAGGUUGAAGUUAAACGAUGUUCAGUUGAUACUACUAUUGCUCACAACAAUUCCGACAUGCAGAUUCAUGCUCGCAAAGCUACCCAAAAGUAACCUGUUGUUUGGCCGAGGAAGCUCUAGUUUCAGAAGAGCUCUCCCGGUAUACCGAAGCACUUGCAAAAAUAAGUAUUUCGUCUCGGUAUGAAACGUUCUGUUUUCCCGCUUGACUCAUCAUACAAGGAAAGGGAUGGGGCUACACCCAAGUAGUGGACAAGGAUGGCAAGAGUUAGGCCAGGGCCUAUGGGCAGUAGUGUCAGAGCGAGCCACUCGUGGUGGGUUGAGGAUAGUUGUUGAGUGAGCCUGGCUCACUGGAAAGGUGGGCAGAUCUGAUGGAGGGACGGGGGCGUGGGGGUGUCGGUGCUUCUCACCACGUGUCUCCCUUGAGCCUCACAGAGAUAUUUGGGAGCCUCACAGAGAUAUUUGGCAGCCUCAUGAACCGGGUCCGUUUAUGAUUGUCACGGGAUUACAACACUGGUGGGAUUGGAGAGGGUGGCGGGGUUGUCGCACGUAACAUCUCAGCGACUCGUGGGAGUGAGAGGGGAUGGUCCGCGGUUGAUUGACAGCGCUGCUCGGGGUUAACGCCGCCGCCACCGCUGCUGCUGCUGUGAAGAUAAUGGCAGCUAAAGUGUUUCCGUGCCAAGGUGUGCACACCUAUUUGUGUUGCUGUAAAUGCGACUUUGCGUUUUCAAUCUGAAGUCACAUCCAUUUUGUUAUUUGAAAUAUAAUUAUUGGUUGUUUUUUUCCCCCCGUAUUAUUUCCCACAGCCUGAAUAAUCUCAAGUAGACCCGAGUCCCAUGUCUCGAUAUUUUGCGUUGAUUUAUCGACUAAGCCAUUUCAGCCGAGACAUCUAAGAAAUAAUGGCGGGGGGGGGGGGUGCUGAUGUUUUUGUCAUUGGGCCUAUACUGUAUGAACUUAUGUUAAUAACGCAAAAAAGACAUAAUUAUAUAGGUGGCUAAAUAACAAGUCACUGCAGUACAGGGUGCUGUCAAUCAAAAAGCAAGCAAGAACCGCAAAUUGUAAAUGUUGUAACGUGUGCCAUGCGAUGUUGGACGGUAUAAGUUAGACCGAAACAAAAUUGCAUGCAAGAGUGAUGCACUGUUGAACUUCAGCUGAGGCUUUUCAAAGGACAAGUCCUAAGUAAGCAUGGAAGGUUGUUGGGCCAACCUUGGCUCUACAACGGUUUCAACCACAUGGCUCAACAUUGCCAUGGUUUACCAGGGUGGUCUAAGCUUCUAACCAUUACACCUACACUGCUAAAUCGUUUUUGUACACAUUUCUACUCAGAGGUGACAUGGCAUGCUUCUUGACCUCUGACAUUCAUUUUAAAAUAUAUAUUAUUUAACACAGGUCAAAAUGUCAUGGUUUUUUUUAAUGUAUUAGUAAGCUUCUGUGAGUGCAGUUUGCUUAGAGACUGCACUGCAAAGCCAUAUUGCGCUAUAAUAUAAGUUCUGUAGCUCAUUAAGGUGUUAUUUUGAUUGUAUUUUAGAAAUAAAUUGCAAUGUUUCAACUGAUACACUGGUGCUAAUGGAAACAUAUAAAAGAUGUUUUAAAAGGAAAUAUAUGGUUGUGUUUUGAAUUUCA